AUGUUAAAUGGCACCAGCUACAGCAGUAACUGGCUUUCGUUUUCACCAUCUCCAAUGGAAAUGUUGAGUUCAUCAUCUGAGCCUCAGUUUGUGUCAUAUGAAGGAUCCUCAGCUGCUGCUGCUUCUCCCCAUUACCUAAUCGAUAACUUCUAUGCCAAUGACUGGGAAAAUCCAAAACAAGUUUUUACUCUAGGAGUGACCCGAAGAAAAGAAACUCAGGAUCCAGUCAUGGCUGAUGAAUCUCCCUUUCUCACAAGCUUCCACCAUCAAGUACCGAAGCUUGAAGACUUCCUUGGCGACUCCUCAUCGAUUGUUCGAUGCUCGGAUAGCCAAACCGAAACCCAAAACUCAUCUUUGACCCAAAUCUAUGACCAGAGCGUCACUGCUUACUUCAAUGAGCACCAAUAUCUCAACUCCAUUACUGGGUUCCAAGCGUUUUCUACAAACUCUGGGUCAGAAGUUAAUGACUCGUCUUCAAUGGGUCGGACUCAGUUGACUACCGUUGAGUUUCCUAUUCAUUCCAGUUGUGCAACUGGUGAGGCCUUGUCCCUGGGGGUUACUCAAAGUAAUAAUAAAGCCAUUGUUUCAGUUGAUUCCGACAGCUCAAAGAAGAUUGUUGAUACUUUUGGUCAGCGAACUUCAAUCUACAGAGGGGUCACAAGACACCGAUGGACGGGCAGAUAUGAAGCUCAUUUGUGGGACAACAGCUGUAGGAGAGAGGGUCAGGCCAGAAAAGGGCGUCAAGUGUACUUAGGUGGAUAUGAUAAAGAAGAAAAGGCCGCUCGGGCUUAUGAUUUGGCAGCUCUAAAAUACUGGGGUCCUAGCGCGACCAGCAACUUCCCGAUUUCAAAUUAUUCAAAAGAGUUGGAGGAGAUGAAACAUGUAACCAAGCAAGAGUUUAUCGCAUCUUUAAGGAGAAAGAGCAGUGGAUUUUCAAGGGGAGCAUCAAUUUACAGAGGUGUCACAAGGCAUCAUCAGCAGGGUCGAUGGCAAGCAAGGAUCGGUCGUGUUGCUGGAAACAAGGACCUUUACCUAGGGACAUUUGCUACUGAAGAGGAGGCAGCAGAGGCCUACGAUAUUGCUGCCAUCAAGUUUAGGGGUGUGAAUGCGGUGACCAACUUUGAGAUGAACCGUUAUGAUGUCGAAGCCAUUUCCAAUAGUUCUCUCCCAAUUGGCGGGGCAGCUAAGCGGCCAAAGCUUUCCCUUGAGUCGGAGCAAAAACCGAUUGUUGACCAUGAGCAACAACCCCAGUGCAGCUCCAACAGCAACAAUAUAAGUUUUGCCCCCAUCCAGCAGUCAGUAUCUACUAUUCCUUGCGGAAUUCCUUUUGAUGGAGCUGCAUUUUAUCAGCAGAAUAUCUACCACCACCUUCAGGCUGCCAACAUCGGUGUCUGCGACCUCCCUGGUUCUUCCUCGACAGUGGCCACUCCAAUGGCGGCAGAUCAGUUUUUCUUAUGGCCUCACCAGCCUUACUAGUGUUUUAACAAGGAA